GCUUAAAUCUUGAUUUCUACGCAUAUACUACAUGUAGAUAAACCAUUAGAAAAUCAAUGAAAUCCUUUACCCAUCUUUUUGUCUUCUACUCUUUCUUAUUCUCCCUCUUAAGAAUCUCCAUUACACAAGACACUAUUACUCCAACUCAAUCUCUAAGAGACGGUGGCACCUUAGUUUCAGCUGGCCAAUCAUUUCAAUUGGGAUUCUUCAGACCAGGUAAUUCCAAUAGUCGAUAUCUGGGAAUUUGGUACAUGAUAUCUUCGGAGAUAGUUGCAUGGGUAGCCAACAGAGACGCUCCGCUUAGCGAUCACUCGGGAGUUUUAAAGGUCACUGGUGAUGGAAUUCUUGUGCUUCUUAAUAGCACGAAUGGUGUUGUUUGGUCAUCUAAUACAUCAAGAACCGUAGAAAAUCCAGUUGCACAGCUCUUGGACACCGGAAAUCUUGUUGUCAAAGAUAGAAACGAUGAUAACCCAGAGAACUUUUUGUGGCAGAGUUUUGACUAUCCUUGUGACACGCUCCUACCAGAAAUGAAGCUUGGGUGGAACUUAGUAACUGGUCUAGAGAGGUUUUUAUCAUCUUGGAGGAGCACAGAUGAUCCUUCUCAAGGUGCGUUUUCAAUACGGUUAGAUCCUCGUGGGCUUCCGCAAGUGGUUACUAUGGAGGGAGAUUCAAUAAAGAAUAGAGCAGGGUCAUGGAAUGGCCUUCGUUUUACGGGAUAUCCUCAAUUUAGACCGAAUCUAGUCUUUGAUUACGAAUUUGUGUUGAAUGAGAAGGAGGUCUAUUACAGGUUCAAACUCCUUAACACUUCUGUUUUCUCAAGAUAUUUGGAAAACCCAUCAGGCGUUGGGCAGCGAUUCACAUGGAGGGAUCGGACACAUACUUGGGAACUCUUCUCUACAUCCCAGGCAGAUCAAUGCGAAAGUUAUGGCUUAUGCGGUGCAUAUGCUACCUGCAACAUGAAUAGGUCUCCUGUAUGUUCAUGCUUGGAAGGAUUCUUACCCAAGUCUCCAAAAUAUUGGGAUUCGAUAGAUUGGUCUGAUGGGUGUGUUCGAACAACUCCUUUGGAAUGCAAUGACGGAGAUGGAUUCCUAAAGCACACGGGGGUGAAAUUGCCGGACACGUCUUCUUGCUGGUAUAACAAGAGCAUGAGCCUCAAGGAAUGCGAAGGAAUGUGUUUGAAGAAUUGCAAUUGCACAGCAUAUGCAAGUUUAGAUGUCAGGGGAGGAGGAAGCGGCUGCGUGCUUUGGUUUGGUAGCCUAAUUGAUACAAGAGAAUACUCUGAGGGUGGGCAAGACCUCUAUCUAAGGAUGGCCAUUUCAGAACUGGAACAUCUUGAGAAAAAGAGGUGCUCCGAUAAGCAGAAACUAGUAGCAAUUAUAGUCAGCUCAGCAUUACUUUUCGUGGGAAUGACAAUAGUUGCACUAGCCUCAUACAUAUGGAAGAAGAAACUCAAAACCCAAGGAACGACACAAAUAAGUCAUGGGAAGGAAGAUAUGGAGUUACCGAUGUUUGAUUUGGCAGCUAUAGCUAAUGCAACAGAUAAUUUUUCAAACAACAAGAAGCUGGGAGAAGGUGGCUUCGGACCUGUGUACAAGGGUAAAUUGGCAGACGGAAGAGAUAUAGCUGUGAAGAGGCUCUCAAAGAAUUCUAAACAAGGACUGAACGAGUUGAAAAAUGAAGUUAUUUUGAUUGCAAAACUUCAACAUCGUAAUCUUGUGAAGCUUCUUGGUUGUUGCAUUCAAGAGAAUGAGAACAUGUUAAUCUAUGAAUAUAUGCCCAACAAAAGCUUGGACUUCUUUAUUUUUGAUCAAGCAAAGAGUAAAUUACUAGAUUGGCAUAAACGCAUUAAUAUUAUUCGUGGUAUUGCUAAAGGGCUCCUCUAUCUUCAUGAAGACUCUAGAUUGCGAAUUAUCCAUAGAGAUCUCAAAGCUAGCAAUAUCCUUCUUGAUAACAAUAUGAAUCCAAAAAUUUCGGACUUUGGCCUUGCUAAAUCAUUUGGGGGAGAUCAAAUUGAUUCCAAGACCAAUAGGAUUAUUGGAUCAUAUGGUUAUAUGUCUCCCGAGUAUGCAGUGCAUGGACAGUACUCAAUUAAAUCUGAUGUAUUUAGCUUUGGAGUUGUAGUAUUAGAGAUAUUGAGUGGAAAGAAGAACAAGGAAUUUUGUCACCCAGACCACCACGUGAAUCUUCUUGGACAUGCAUGGAAUCUAUGGAUUGAAGACAAGCCAAUGGAACUGAUUGAUGAAUUGGUAGGCAACUCUUGCACUCUAUCUAGUGUAUUACGACACAUUCAUGUGGGUUUGUUAUGUGUACAACAAAGACCGGAAGAUAGACCAAACAUGUCGUCAGUUGUUCAAAUGUUGACCAGUGAGAUUUUAUUGCCUAAGCCGAAACAGCCGGGUUUCUUUACGGAUUCACCUACAGCAGAUUUUUCUGGCAAGCAUGGCACUUGUUCAGCUAACGAAAUCAGCAAUACAGUGUUUGAAGCACGAUAAUGUCGUCUCUUGGCUUUCUUUUACUGACUGAUGCCUUGUCUUCUGCAUAUCUUACUAGUAUUCAAUUAAAACUCUGUAGCCACUUUGUAACUCUACUGUACUGAAAGUUAAAUGCCUAAAACAUUUAGCAUUUUUUAUGUUGUCUUUUACUGGCAAUGGCAAUGGC